GAAGAGGAACUCCUUUGAACAGGAAUGGUGAGUUUGUUAAAAAAUAUAGCAGAGUCACUGUCAGUGUUAGCUAUUUGGGUAUGCUGUUUGGUAUAAAUCUGCAGAGAGUUAAAUUUAUAUAAAUUUGAUAAAAUGUUUCAAAGUGCUCCACCAUUUUGGCACAAUGGACCCGCUCCAGGAGAAUUUUAUAAUUUUCCAGCGGUUUCGCCAAAACCAAGUGAUGUUCGACAGCAUUCCCAAGCUCCAGUGACAACGUCCACUUCACUAGUAGCCAUCGUUUAUGACAAAGGUGUGGUAGUCGCCGGAGAUCUUUUAGCGUCCUAUGGAUCUCUUGCUCGAUAUAGAAAUUGUCCUAGGAUAUGCAAAAUCAACAACAAUAUCAUAUUAGGUGCCAGUGGUGAUUACGCCGAUUUUCAAUAUGUAAAAGACUUUGUUGAACAGAAAAUUGUUGAUGAAGAAUGUUUGGAUGAUGGUCUAUCGCUGAAACCUAAAUCACUGUAUUGUUGGUUAACGCGUAUCUUGUACAAUCGCAGGAGUAAAAUGGAUCCCCUAUGGAACAACUUUAUUGUUGCUGGAAUCGAGGAUGGAAGGCCCUUUCUAGGAACAGUUGACAAACUAGGAACAGCAUAUACCGACAAAGUGAUCUGCACAGGAUAUGGUGCCCAUAUUGCUACUCCUUUACUUCGCGAUGCAUUGGAUAAGAAACCACAACUUAACUUAUUAGAUGCAAAAGCCCUUUUGGAAAAAUGCAUGGAAGUAUUAUAUUAUAGAGAUGCAAGAAGUUUCUCAAAAUAUCAGAUUGGUACAAUUGACUCUGAACAAGGUGUUACAAUUGAAGGACCCUUGAAGGUUAAAGAAGACUGGAACCUGGCCCACUUGAUACAAGGCUAUUAAUAUUUUUCCCCUCUUGUUUAAGGUUUUGCUAAAUAUUUUAAUAUUUUGUGAUUGCAAUUCAGUAAACUAUAAUGAAUUAAAAUAC